ACUUCGACCGCUGGGACCUGAACAUGGCGGCGGUCGUCCAGUGGACCCGUGCCCACGGCAAGCACAUCUCCAUUUUCGUCGCUAAGCACCACACCGAGGCGGGAAAGCGGCUGUGCGCAGAAGAGCUGCGCAACGUGCUCCGCCACGGAGACGACUCACAGCUGCCGACACCCGGCCUGUUCUUCUAUGCCCAAGGGAUGCCGGUGGUGGUGACGCGACACCAGUUCGUCGGGCUGAAGGUGGUCAACGGCGCGCCCUUCCAAGCCGCCGAUAUCUUCCCCGAUCUCGCCGCUGGUACCAUCGCCCUCGCCAGCGACGCGACGCUCCACCUUGGACCCCCCGUGGCCGUCCUCCUUGAGUCGGAUGAUAGCGCGGGCCUCGCCAUCCCCGGGCUCCCCAACGGCACGAUCCUGAUCAAGAGCAAGACGGUCGCCAUCCCCAAUGCUAUGCGCGGCAAGGAAGCCAGGUCAAGAGGCAAGCCAGGGUUCAGGUGGGUCACCCACAGGACGGGCCCUCUCUGCACGCCGGCUUUCGCCAUGACCGAUCAGAAGAGCCAGGGCAAGCAGUUCUCGGACGUCCUCCUCAACCUCAAAGGCGUCCACAGCAGCGGCACGGCGACGCGGCCCAGCUUCAUGAGCCUGUACGUGCAACUGUCGAGAGCGGAGAGCUGGGAGGGACUGCACCUGUUCCGGAAACCGGCUCGGGGCGACUUUAUCGAGCCGAAGAACGUGCUCGACAAAGACAUGAGAGAGGCGGUCCUCAGGCUCGAAAAAUUGGGGGACGAGAGCAGGCGCCGCUUCGAACGAAACCACAGACACGAGACGUGGUUUCAGGAAUGGGACGCCAUGGCCGAAUCUGCGCAGGAUGCUGAAGCCGUCGACGAAGACGACGCGUCGCUCUGGUCCGAGACGGUAUCGUAACUCACCUGUUCACGGUUGCUCCUAUAGUGAAUAUACCACUACAUGAGCUGUCACUUUUGAGGCCCGUGUCAACACUCAUUCCAUGGCCCGAGUGCGGGGCAGCGCUGAAGCAGAAAGGUCCGUG